ACGUAUGUCUUUGGUCGCCUUCUAAAAGCUUAUGGAACGCCACGGCUGGCUUUGAAUUUAUCUACCACCUCCUUAGAGUUUAGUUUGAACGAAACUGUUCACUUUUAAAAUAGAGCUCUUCUGUAAUAAAGAAAUUUAAGUGUUAUUCGUAUUUGUUUACAGGAAAUUUGUGCUGGUAAACAUUGUGAUUGUAUGAUCCUGAGCUCUUAUUCAGUAGCAAAAACUAUUGUACCAACGUUUGGUAAUUAUAUAACAUAUAAAUAUAUACUUAGGAAAUUUGGUAUUUAUCACACCUGCCUUACUUAUUUGUUAGUUUUGUUUUUUAAUAUUUAAAUUUGGGACGGGUAAUCUUCUUGCGGUUUUUUUUAUUAAAGUAUUUUUUGAAGUAAAAGUUAAAUGCCAUCUUUUUGUUGGAAUACAACAAAAUUUACGAGAUAAAAAAGUACAUUUUAUGGAUCAUUUGUCUUUUCAUUGUGGUAAAUCAAGGAUAACUAUCAUAACUCUUCUGUCUCUAAAGAUACGUUAUAAAAGUACCCAAUUGGAUGUAUCUUGUUGUAUUUAUAUUUUAUUUUGUAAUAUAUAGUUAUAGGGAACUCGGCUAAAAGGAAGAUAGGAUGCCAAGACGUCUUUUGCAUGUUUGUUAAAGUUGCCAUGAAUUUGGGUUCAGGUUAGGUUUAGGGAUACAUUUUAGGGUUCAGGUUAGGUUUAAGGAUACAUUUAGGGUUCAGGUUAGGUUUAAGGAUACAUUUUAGGGUUCAGGUUAGGUUUAGGGAUACAUUUACUUAGAUUUAGUGACAGAAUUAACUGGUCUUGUCAACCAAAAUGGCAGCCAAUCAUGGCAUCCUGUCUUCCAAUUUAGCGGGAACUCUCAUACUUGACAUACUUAGCUAGUUUACAAGCCACAUUGCAAUUGUUACAUUCCAUUUUGUUCUUCAAAGGAGAGCGCCUUGCGAGAAAUUCCAUAGUUGUAUUAUUAUUAACGUUGUAUGUUGCCUCACAAAGUGAGCGUAUAAAACAAAUGCUGCAUCAUUUAAAAUUUCCUUUGGAUCACCAAUUUGAAUUAUUGUUUCUUCGUCGUUCUGCCGUUUUGAACAAAGUGAUCCCACUACCAGCGAUACCGCAAAAUGAGUCUGUCUUAUUAUAUAUAAUCACAAGCCCUCGCCCUCAUUUUACUCAGGGCAAAUCAGUCAACAUAAGUGCAUUUGCAUACAAAAAAAGGGGAUGGGUGCUCAAAUUAGAGCUGACCAAUCAUGGAUAACGUAUUUGCCGCCAUCAGUAUAAGAUGACUAUCAAUAAAUGACCCCACGCUAUCAUUACGAUUUCCCCCAUUUCUGCAAGUCACAAAUAUUUUUUUUUUAAAGUGGACACGUGAUCACACAUUGGCACAAAUUCGUGGACCCCGCCCCCAUCCUAUUUCAUCCUGUUUGUGAACAUGCUUCUAGGUGAUCAAAAAUCUGGCAACAGGGAGAAAUAAUACCAAACAAAUGGAGCUAUGGAAGGUUGAGGGAUGUUCAAAGAUGCUUUAGAAAUAAAAUAAAAUGAAAAUAAACGCUGUAUAAUUCAGUAUUAGUUAACUAUCACUGUCUGGGUUUAAUUUAUUGAGGAAUACAUAUAAGUUUACAUUUGAUACUACAAAAUUCGAUCAGAAAUAAUGUACGCCCCUGAACUGCAAGAUUACCAAAUUUGGUACAUUUAAAGGUAAAUGCAGACAAUUGGUGCCAUGACGUAUCACACGGAUAAUUUUUAUAAUUCACUGUCACUAAACCUAACCUGAACCCUAAAUGUAUCCCUAAACUAGGUAGUUGGGUAAAAUUUUCAAAUUGAAUGAAUUAAGAAAUGAACACAUCUGUAAGAUAGCCCUUUUUAAAUGAAGUAAGGAUAUGUUUUCAUUUUUCAUGUAGCCCUUUUGGUUAAAAAGUUAUGAUUUUUUUUUUGUGAAUAAAAAAUAACUUUUUUUACAUAGGGAUUUGUGACCACUUUUUUCAAAAAAAUUUUACGAAAAGGCUCAUAACUUUAUAGCAGAGUCGACAAAUAAUAUGAAACUUUCCAGAAUUGUUCAUCAUCGUAUUAUCAACAUCUUUGUUGCUUUAAAAACUAAAAAAAUUAAAUAGAAUAUUUUUAAAAUAUUUUUUAAUGUCAUUAAAAAAAUUCCACAAAAAAAAAAUAAAAAAAAUUAUUUUUAAAAAUUAAGACCAAACGUAAUUUAUUUUAUAACAGGAAAUAUAAUAGAGGCAAUUUUACAAUAAAAAUUAUGAUUUAAUAUGAAAGGGACCAAUAUCUGAUAAAACAUUAGUUAAUAUGUCUACUAUUUUAUAGAUAUUACAAUAAAACCUAAUAUUAAUUAAGAUGGAACUUGAUUGAUUUAAGAAUUAUAAAAUGUAUUGAGCUUUCUAAUCUGUCAACUAGUCAUAUAUAAUACUGUUUCCGAUUUAUUACUUUAGUUUUCCGCCAUUUUUUUUUUUUUUUAAUUUUUUUUUCAGCUUUAGAAACCCAUUAUGGUAAAAAAUAACAAUGUUUUUGUGGACUUAGAGACUUGAAAUUUUACAUGGUCAUUUUUAAUACAAUUUUACAGGUACACCAGGUCGAUUUGAAAUGGGACAACGAAUAGUUUUCAAAAUAUUAAUAAAUUAGACUUGGCUGCUAUCUCACAUUUUUUUUUAUUUACGACAUACUGAUUUUACUGAAAACAAAAUGGAUGUCGUUAAAGCCCGUUCAUUAACGUAACUAGAACAGUAAUUUGUUUGUUGAUCCCACGUUUCUAUCGCGAAAAAAUAAUUUUUUAGUGAACCCUAUCAUCCAGCACGUCCUAAAAGGUGUCUCAAAACCCUAUGCAUCAAAAUAGCCUCAUAUCCAACUACUUACCUAAACCUAACCUAAAACCUAAAUGUAUACCUUAAACUAACCUGAACCCUAAAUUAUGUAUCCCUAAAACUAACCUGAACCCUAAAUUAUGUAUCCCUAAAACUAACCUGAACCCUAAAUUAUGUAUCCCUAAAACUAACCUGAACCCUAAAUUAUGUAUCCCUAAAACUAACCUGAAACCUAAAUGUAUCCCUAAAAACUAACCUGAAACCUAAAUGUAUCCCUAAAAACUAACCUGAAACCUAAAUGUAUCCCUAAUGGCACUAAUUGCACCAAUUAUCUGCAUUAGCCUAGUAGAUCUUCAACUUGUACUCACUGUUCACUUCUAGCUCAGAUGGGCUUGGACUUGGAGAUUAAUAUUAAAGUCAACUUUGAAUUAGUUCUGUAACAUAGUAGCAUUGACUUAUGCACAUUUUUUUCUAAAAUUAAAACCGGGACAUUUUUAAUUUUAAAACUUGAACUUGAACAUUUGGCUAGAAUUUAAAAAGCGUUACCCGGUACAAUUGUAAUAUCUGCUACGGCAUAUAGGACAUGAAGAUUCCCCUUUCAAGCACCAGCGAUAGUUCUGUAUUCAAAAGAUUUUUAUUAUUAAGCUUCAUAUUUAUUUUUUACGAUUGUUUGUUUUUUUCCAUUUCGUUUUUUUUUUUCUGAAAGUGCAGUGAGGGUUCUCCCCUUCCCAGAAAGUCAUGUUGAAAUGUACAGUGAAAUGGCGAAAUAAUUGAAAUAAUGGCACACCGGUUUAUCUUUUUUUCAACCAAUCAAAAAUAGGACUUGCCUGCAUUGCCUGCAUCUUCAUGAGGGUUUUGGCAUAUCAGCAAGGAAGCAUUUAUUUUUUUAAUUUUUCUUGAACCAUAAAAGAUGUAUUUUGAUAAAAAUUAAUGGAAAAUUUCAUUUUUAAACUUAUAUAUACAUGGUCAACUUAAUUGAUUGUCAGAUUUAGUUUAUUACGUGAAUAAUGCUCCGUGAAGAACUGGAAAGUUAUCACACACAAUAUUCAGCUCCAACUAUUAGUCCUUUCACCCUAGGUUGAGUGUUGGGAUUCCCCAAAGUGACAUCAUUGGGCUUAAAGUGAGACAACUCUUGUCCAUAACCUGUACCGCAAACUAAACAUUUACAGAACAUUUAAAAUUGUUUUAGUGCCUUCUAUGUCCAAAAAUAAACAAUUUUUUUGUGAUUUCAUGUUGAGCUCUCACUUCUGACCGUGAGGCAUUCUUUUGAAAAAGAAAAGUUAUCUAGAUGCUAAUUAGCUUGAAUUUCAUAUAUAUUUUUACUUCGUUAUUUAUUUCAGAGGUACUUGAUCUUUUGUUAAAUUAAUAUUUGUUAUUUACCAGUCUUCAACUGUACCGGUUACAACUCACAUCUAACUAGAAUCAAUGUCCUAAACGCGUACUGUUAUGGUAAAAAAACAUUAUGACCGGUCACCUUAGAUAAGAGUGACUGAUUCCCUUACAACUGCAAAUAUUUCAAAUAAAUACUCAGAUACAUACUCCAUGUCAUGCCAGAAGCCCUUGAGAUCAACUUUGAGGGGAAAAUUUUAUUUUGUCACAAAACUCAUCAACGCUGUCAUAGCAAUUGUGAAAUCAAAUCAUACAAUUUUCUUUUGAUAGUAAACAAGAUUCAGUUAAGCUUAAAGCAGAAAGCAUUUACAAUAGUCUACAUUCUUAACGCAGGGCUUCUGGAAAAUUCAGUCCCAAAGUGUGUGGGCUAUAAUUUCAUGAGCCAAAUAAUCAUUUUGUGUUUUUCACGCAUCUCCUAUCAUAUUUAGUGCUUGUGAUAGUUAUAAACGACCCCUUAGAAAUUCCUCAGGUCCUCAGUUGGCUGUAUCACCCUUUUAGAAAGCCAUUGUUAGUAUAAUUAAGUUUCAAAGAGACACUUAUAUUUACUGCAUGAUCAUCCACAUUAUUAGACCUAAAAUGAUGGACUUGGUGUGCAAAAGGAAAAUUUUAAUGUUCAUUUGAUUCAUUAAUAAACUGAUCAAGAUCCUUCUUAGAUUUUUAUUAAUUUUGAUCAUCAGUCGGAACCACAACUAAAUGGAUAUCGAAGUGCAAAAGACAACAUUUGGUGACGAGAGUAAAAGCAUCCCCUCUUAUGUUUUGGAUGACUUAAGCAGGUAAUUAGUUGUAGUUAGUUAAUAAUAGUAAAACUCUUCACAAUAAAGUGGCUAAAUGAUAAGAACUUGUAUAAUUAUAAUUAUUAACAAUUCAUUAAAAUUACAUUGUAUUUUAACCACGUUCGAGGGCUAGUGCAGUGGUAUAAAUAUUAUUUAAUUAGAAAAGAUAACCUUGUGUCUGCAUUGUAAAUGGGGACCUUCUGCUUAAUUAAAUAUGUUCAGCUUCUUUCAUUUGAACUAGGCCUAUAUGAAGUUGUACCACAUUGUUGUUUAGGGGAUUCUCCUUGGUUUAUGGUGCACUAACUGGGCAAACAGCAUAAGUUAUUUAAGAGAUAAUUCUUUCAUAAAAUUUAGAUAAAGUUGCACAAUCAAUAUGAUAUGUUUUCAAUUUCAGUCGCUUCAUAAUUAACAGCAGACCAGAAGAAGUCACGUCGAUUAUCCGAAUUUUCUUCCUCGUAGAAAAUGCAUAUUGGUUUUAUUUGGAUUUUCAUAGAGCUGAAAACCCAGAUCUAAAGGAAUGCUCCCUUAAGGAAUUUGCAUUGAACUGUAUCCUUUAUAAUUAUAUUCAAUACCCUACCUAUAAAGUUCUCUUGGAUUUUGUCAUUAGCUCUUGAUAAAAAGUUUCUGACCAAGUAUUUGUUGUUUUACUCUGCCCUUUAAAGUAUCUCAUAUAUUUUGUACUACCUGUAAUCUUUCCCGUAUAUAGAGUUGUUUCUUCUGUUAUUGAAAGAUGAAUUGAUAUUAAAAAUAGUACAGGUAAAUAUAAAUGUUCAAUUUUGUAAAAGAUUUGACUAAUGUGCAUGUGCGAACGAUGUCAUGGAUAAAGAUUUAUGAAAAAUAUUUGCAUGAAGAUAAAUGAAACAAAUUGACAUUUUUUAAGUGAAUUUUAGUUAAAAAUUGAUAUUUUCUAAUUACUACAACCCUAAAAUGUGAUUUGAUUGCUGAUUUAGAUACAUUUGAUAUGCAAUCAAAUAUUAUGUUAAUAUUUUUCAAACAAUUUUUUUUGUCAAUAAAGAGUUACCCCAUGACUUCAGAAUUCACUAAUUCACCUGAAUAAAUUGGUUUACCCCAAUGACCAGAAUUCGCUAAUUCAACUGAAUAAAUUGGUUUACCCAAUGACCAGAAUUCACUAAUUCAACUGAAUAAAUUAGUUAUAAUUAAAGCUCUCCCAUAAAUGUUAACUGAUAUAGAUUUUAUAUAAAGUUAUUAUCUUUGACUGUUAAAGUGAUAAGCCAUUGUCCCCAACUGAAACAGUAUACGUUGGAAUUUGACAAACACUUUGAAGCUUGGAAACAAUACAAAAGAACUAUAGCGACAUGUGGAGCAAUUAUUCUUGAUCAAGAUCUCAAACAUGUAAGUUGGUCGCUCUAUUUCUUAACAUUCUUAGACUUGAUUAAUGGGUAGUUUCCUUGAAAAGACAUUAGAACUUAAACUUACACAUGAAAUAUUAAAAGCUUGUUGCUAAAAGUCCAGUGGAAAAAAAAUCAAGUUAUUCGUAUUGUAGCUAUUGUAAUGUUGCUUGUAAGUGACACGGCGAUGACCUUGAACUUAGACCCAGAGAACAGAACUUUCUGAGUGACGACCUUGAACUUAGACCCAGAGAACAGAACUUUCUGAGUGACAUGGUGAUGACUUACUCUUAGACCCAGAAAACAGAAUUAUUCUUUUAAACUCAGACCUCAACAUUAGGCACUGAUUAGACAGCAAUCUUUCCUUUAACUUUCUGGUCUAGGUUCUGUUGGUCCAAAGUUUUUCUAGCAAAAACAGCUGGGGUUUUCCCAAAGGCAAGAUCAACCACAAUGAAGCCCCAGAGGAUUGUGCCGCCAGAGAGGUGAGAGUAAAAAUAUCUUUCAAAUGGCACAAAGCAGGAGAGCUGCUCAGAAUGGGCUGGCCUAACCUUAUCUUUUUGUUGCAAACCAUCCAUUCUGCCUAAACAAAGGGGCAUAACUCAUUUUGGAACUGAAUAAUUUUGGUGUGUUUUUUUUUUUUUGUAAUAAAAGAUAAAAAUGUCAUUUUAUUACUUUCUAAUACAGUAUCAGAUAUACAAUGGAACAUAAUUUAACAGAUAAAACAUUUAUGUAUAAUAUUAACUUCAAUUAACUUUUUAAUGUCAUGGUAACCCCUUGGUUCAAUUACCAUAGUUUUUACCACUAGAAUCAUGUUCAAGCUCCAACACCUUCUGCAUUAUUUCACUAGUUACUACAACAGUUUGUUUCACUAGUUUGGUUGAUAUUCUAAGCUUGCUCAUUAAUCUCUCAAAAGCAUGGCCGCCAUGCUCAAUAAAGGAAACAAGUAAAACAAAGUAUGGUCUAACCUGAAAAAAGGAACGCAACUCCUAGUGUACAUAAUUUACCCCAAAAAAUUCAGUAUUUAACUGUAAAGAGGCGCAACAUUCUUGUGAGAAUAAAAGAAAUUUGUAUCAGUCCUCUUUAUGAUAACAGUAGUUUGGUUGGUAGGCAUCCUAUGGUAUGUUUUUGUUUUAACUUGUGGCGUGCCUUAGAAUUCUUGGAAAGCCCUAGGAUGUGCCUUAGAAUUCUUGGAAAGCCCUAGGAUGUGCCUUAGAAUUCUUGGAAAGCCCUAGGUUGUGCUGCAUGUGAAAAAAGGUUGCCAAGGUUUACUUUAAUACAUCAAAGGGUUUUUAUUUAGUGAAAUAGGAAGGGCCAUGUAUGAAAGUCAGUGGGUCUUUACUAGAGGCAGGAAUGAAUGAGAUCUUUUUUGGUAGCUUAUUUAUUUCCAUAUAUAACUUUAAUUUAUGCAAGUAAAUUAAUUUCUUUACUCUCUGAGGUAUUGGAGGAGACAGGAUUUGACAUCAAACCUUACAUGGAUCCUCAAGAGUAUUUAGAGAAAUUUUCUAAUGAACAAAUUAGCCGCUUAUAUAUUGUUGCUGGUGUACCAAUAAAUUCAACAUUUCUUCCAAAGACACGGAGAGAAAUCAGGGUAAUUCAAUAACUUAAUCUAGAUAAUUCUGAACGGAAAUAAGAUUUAAUGCCAUGAUGAUGAAUGUUAUAAUUUAUUAUAUUAAAGGAGCUGGGCACCAGUUAAGGAAAGAAUCAAUUCAUUGUGAUUAUUUUUAUGCAUGAUUAUUUUAAAAUUUCAGGAUAUCCAGUGGUUCCCCAUGGACACAUUACCCACACAUAGAGGAGACCAAACAUUGAAAGAAGCCGUUGGACAGAAUCUGAAUCUCUACACUGUUACACCAUUCCUUAGGUUAGCUUUAUGUACAUUACCUUAACCAAAGAAUAUGCUGAAUAAAAUACUUGGGUUGGCUAUACAUUUCAUUACCUUAAUAGAAGUAUGUGCUCAUCAGUAACUCAUAUCUUUUUGGUAGUGAAAAGCCCAGAUUGUUUUUAAAUCAUUUCUACAAAUCCUUCAAAUGAACUGCUAAAAAUUUGUUGGUUCCUGUGACUGUGAUACAUUGAACAAAAUUUUUUUUUUUUUUUUUUUUUUUUUUUUACAAAAUAGAUCAUUAAGAAUAUGGAUUAAAAAUCGGUCCUUAGAAAUGUCAACAAUGACGUCCAAACAAAGAAAUCGUCAAAAGCAACAGAAACAGUUUAGUCAGCCGAGCCAUGGCGUGUAUCAAGAAUUCAGUCAGCUCAAGAAAGGAAAAUCAGCUGCUAAAAAUCUCUUUACUCAGAAAACAUCAACAUCCUCAGUGAGGUAGGCAUCUUGUAUUUUGUAUGGUGUAAAAUUGUGUCAGUGAUGUACACAGCUUGUUUGAUAUAAAAUUGUGUCAGUGAGGCACACAUCUUGGUUGUAUAAUUGUGUCAGUGAGUUACACAUCUUGUUGGUUGUAAAAUUGUUUCACUGUACACAUCUUGUUGGUUGUAAAAUUGUGUCAGUGAGGCACACAUGUUGUAUGAUGUAAAAUUAUGUCAGUGGGGCACACAUCUUGGUUGUAAAAUUGUGUCAGUGAGGUACACAUCUUGUUUGAUGUAAAAUGUUAUGUCUAUUUGUGACAUGUAAAGAGAUGUACAUAUAUUUUGGUCAUGUUUUGUCAAUGUAUUAAGUAGUUUUGUUGUACAGACACAUUCAGUCAGCAAUUUAAUUUGACAUCAAUCAUUUCAAGGUACUCCAAAGAAAUAGAUGUGCAGGAGGCAAAUGUUAAGCAAGUAAGUUGUUUUCAUUUAAUGUAUUAAAAUUGUAUGAUACUGGUACCUAACCUAAAAUCUGUAAAAAAAACUUUUUGCUAUUCCAUGAGACUAUGAUACUUACUUGGGUGCAGUCAAAGCAUAUUCCGCUUACAGUCUAGUAUGUUACCAAAACUUGUAAGCCUUUUAAAUAAAUUUGAUCUGUGUCUUUCAGAGUAAGAGAGCAAUGACUGUUUUUCAAUCUUUAUUUGGUAAGUAAAACGUUACUUUGUAGUGGUAGAUGGGGAUGGGGUGGGUGAGGUGUGCUUGUGGUGUUGGAUUAGAUAGAGCAAAGAGUUGGGGGGAGGGAAGGUGAUUUUUGGAAUUGUGUUAACAUAAGAAAGAACUACAACUGAUAGAACAAUUUAUUAUUUGAUACAUGGAAUUUUGCUACACAUUUAAAUUUUUUAAUUUUAACAUAAAUUAUUAGUGUUAAAUCCCUUUUCAAUAAAUCAAAUAUAAAUGUCAAAACUGACCUAUUUAUGGAGGUAAAACUGAAAGCAGUGCAUACUAUGUGGAUGACCCCCAGCAGUGCGUACUAUAUGGAUUACCCCCAGCAGUGCGUACUAUAUGGAUGACCCCCAGUAGUACAUACUACAUGGAUGGCCCCAUUAGUAGAUACUAUAAGGAUGGCCCCAGAAGUACAUAUUAUAUGGAUGACCCCAGCAGUGCGUACUAUAUGGAUGACCCCAGCAGUACGUACUACAUGGAUGGCCCCAUUAGUACAUACUAUAUGGAUGGCCCCAGAAGUACAUACUAUAUGGAUGACCCCACCAGUGCAUACUAAAUGGAUGACCCCAGAAGUACAUACUAUAUGGAUGACCCAAGCAGUCCAUACUAUAUGGAUAUCCCCAGAAGUAAAUAUUAUAUGGAUGGCCCCAGAAGUACAUACUAUGUGGAUGACCCCAGCAGUGCGUACUAUAUGGAUGACCCCAGAAGUACAUACUAUAUGGAUGACCCCAGCAGUCCAUACUAUAUGGAUAUCCCCAGAAGUACAUAUUAUAUGGAUAGCCCCAGCAGUAUGUACGAUAUAGAUGAACUCAGCAGUGCGUACUAUAUGGAUGGCCCCAGCAGUGCGUACUAUAUGGAUGACCCCAGAAGUACAUACUAUAUGGAUAUCCCCAUAAGUACAUACUAUAUGGAUGACCCCAGCAGUACAUACUAUAUGGAUGACCCCAGCAGAAUUACUAUAUGGAUGACCCCUAGCUCCUCUAUGAUUAUAGUAACCUGAAACUCUCCAAAAUAAAGUUUAAAAAUAAAUAUUGCAGAGGGUAGUAACAAUAUUGUUAUCAUAAAUUUAUUUUUUGCAGAUAGUCCUCAUAACAUUCUAAACAUAUGCUACAAAUCCUUAUAUAGCGUUGAGGAGGAAGGAGUUGAUUUGUAAAGUAUAUAGUCCAAAAAUUAUGGCAUGUAACAGGGGAGAAUGUGUGCAACCAAAUUUGACCUAUUAAAAUCAUUAUUAAACAUAGAUGCUGAAAAUAUUGUUAUCUGAUUUAAAUAAUCUUUGAUUUCUGAAGUUUAUCUCUGUACUUUUAGGCACUAAAGAUGGCCGCCCUGUCGCUGAUUUCAAGGCUCCUGUGGUUGACACUAACUCAUUCCACUCAAAAGUUUGGCACGACUUUGUCAUAGAUGAGGAUGCCUUAAUGGAGGGUUUCCCUCACGAGGGCACGUACUGUCUUCCCUUUGGCCAACAAAGAGAGUUAGUUGCUGGGAAAUGAAAGGAAUUAUAGGUAGAAAGUGUGUUAACCAUUAUUUAAUUUUAAGCUGACAUUCUUAGUAAAGUUUUGGGUUUGUACUUAAAAACAUUUCCUUGUGCUCAAUUGAAAAAGUCAGUGACUUGUUGGGUAUUUCAAUUGAAGAAGUCAGUGACAGGUUGGUUAUCUCAACACACUACUGUUUAUUGUUAAACAUGAAAUACAUCUUGCAGUUAACACAUAACAGUAGAAUUUAGGCAAGUUGAAUAGCUUUGGCUAGUAAUGUGUAUAGUCCAUUCCUAUGUGUAGUCCAUUCCUUAUUCAUUAAUCAGAAAAUUUCAUGUGUUGUUAGUAUGCCACAAGUUUUUCCACUGACAAAUGAAAUUACUGUGGGCCAUUCACAGAUUAGGGUCAUGCUGACUCUGACUUUCAACACAUGGCGAUGCUAAGAAAACUAAACAUGCCGGUGUAUAACUGGUUUCUCCAGCCGUUCCUGUCAUCUCUUUCAGAGAAACCCUCCUUUAAUACAAGCCUUGUCUCCAAGAAGGCACAGCACGGUGGGGCAUGUGGAUUACAGGACCCGAACCAGAGGGACCAGGUUCCUUGAGUCUUUCCUUCCAACCGGCUGUGGGCUGUAGGAGUCGGCUGGGAUCCCUCGGUACUUCUACCUGUACAAAGGGCAGACAAUUUACAUAGUUAUCAGUUAAAUAGAAAAUGUAUUUUAUGUUGAUUAAAAAAAAUCUUUUGAAUAAAAAAAAAAUUUCAAAUUUACCUGAAUAAUUUACCUGAGUAACUUACCUGAGUUUUUAAUGAUUCCAGUUUUCUUUGUUUUUCUCUAAGUAGUUCUUCCUUUUCUUUCUCCUUUUCUUGUUUUUGAAGGAGACGUUGCAUAUCCUGGGAGUGAUAGAUACGUCAAUGAAGUCAUAAAAAAUACCAAUAAAAGGUUGCUUUUUAAAUAUAUUUUUUAUCCUUCUAUAUGACCCCAUUGGGCCAAAGCAAUUUCUUGGACCAAAGUGGCUCCCCAUUUUCAGAACAACACAAGGGGACCACCACAACCUCCCCCUUUUCAGAACAACACAAGGUCAGCACCACAACCUCCCCAUUUUCAGCACAAUGCAAGGUCAGCACCACAACCUCCCCCUUUUCAGAACAACACAAGGUCAGCACCACAACCUCCCCAUUUUCAGCACAAUGCAAGGUCAGCACCACAACCUCCUCAUUUUCAGAACAACACAAGGGGACCACAAGUUUUUAUUACAGUAGAAAGAUGUAGAAUAUCAUUUCAGAUCUCAGUACCCUAAUAUAAGUUAUCAAUUGAGUUGAUAAUAUUGCAAACUACAUUCUGAAGUUUGAUGUAUCAAUAAUCCCAAGUCAUUUGGUGAUCCAGUCAGUUUUGAAGUUCUCAUGCAGAAUGUCUAAAACUAACGUUCUUUUUACAAGUUAGGUUCAUCCAUUUAUAAAUGAAAGUUACAGCUGGAUAUAAUAAAUAAAAUCUUUACGGAUAUCAUCCUUCUAAAUAACCUACAAAUGCACUCAAGGGAAUAGUCGAAAUUACUGAAAUAAAAGACCUGGUUACACUGGAACUCCCCAAAUAGUACUUGACCAUCUCAAAAUCAUUAUAAUACUGUAUUGAAAUAGUAAAUAAAUAAACAUACAGUAUAAUUUAUAUAAUAACUAAUCACAUUGCAAUUCUAAUAAAGGUCAGUGC